CGGGGCCUUCACGCAGGGGGGGCUCCUGCUUGAUUCUAGCCGGCGGCGGCGUGGAAGACAAGGAAAACGCGGGAUUAUUGGCCGGAUCCGCGACGGGGGACGACCGCGGUCAGUGGCGGCGGAGGCGGCGUGCGACGUCGGACCGGUCACGUCUGCGGCAUCGGUCAAGGACGGUGACAAGCGGCGUCGGACGGGCUUGGAAGGGCGUUUCAACCAAGCGACGGCGUUCUUCCACACCUCCGGCUACCGGCGGCGAUCGGCCAGUUGGAAAAUGGAUCGGGAGGAGCGUGAUCACCGGGCGGGCGGCUAGAUCGUCUAACUUUCUGUUUUUUUUCCCUGUAUCCGGGCGGCAGGCGGCAGAUCGUGUUUUUUUUGGAUGCGCGCGGGUAUAGGUACGGCCGGUAGUGUGCAAUACGAGGUGACAACACACAAAUACAGUGCAGAAUGAAGGUAGUGCGGCUGAAGGAGUCCUCCGCUCCGCUUCAUUCUGCCGCCGGCGAAGGAAGAAUCUCUCUCGGGGGCUGGGUUGGGGACGGGCAUCGAUGGUGGUUCUCGCUCGCUGGCUCAUCAACAGGUGCAUCAUCGGAAUGAAUCGGAGGCUACAGGGGAGGGGAGGGGAGGGUCCCAUCUCCUCUGUUCAUCAACAGGUGCCGCAUCCAUUUCCAUUUGCUGCCCUGCCCCUCCCACCCCGACCACUCACCCCCACCCCCACUCCCUCUCUCCCUCCCUCCCUCUCCAGUGGUUCAGCCUCCGCCGGCCGCCAGUUACUUCGUCCGGCACUGCCGCCGGCGCCCAAGGAGAUCUGGACCACUGUUACUUCUCACAGAACAAGGGAGAUCUAGCUAGCUUUUUCCUCUGGAUCAAGGGAUCCUUCCCUCAUCUCUCCGCCCAAUUCAAGGCCACAUUUUCCCUUUACAAAGAAUCUACCGACUGAAUCUUACUGUGACCAUUGAUGUGUGAAAGGUGGUAAUAAAGAGGACUAAUUUUGUGUUCAUCCUUGAUUUCGGGUUUUUGCUCUAGAACAAGGGCCAACCAAGAACUGUCGCUCAUCUCUCCAGUUGAUUUUCAAGGCCACUUUUUCCCCUUUGGAUUUGUUGCUGGUCCCUAUACCAGCAUUGAUGACGACUGCCGCAUAUAUAUCUCGCUCGCUGGAUCUGCAUCGCUUCUAGCGGGUCUCCAAGGGUCUCGCGCUCUGCUCACCUCUACUUCUCAAACAGCAAAGGAUAUCUAUCCAGGUCUUGCUCUCGAGCAAGGGCCAAGCAAGAUCCGUCUCUCACAUUUGUGGAGCUACAAACAAAGGAAGCAGAAGGGACCUGCAUCCCGAAUUCGCACCAGGCUCGGCUCGGCUCGGCUCAGCUCAUUCAAGAGUGUUCUAGAACCACCAAACAGCGAAUAGUUAAAGAAAGUGUCGCAAUCGGACCACUACUUGAUUAGCCAUUUGAAAACAGCUCUAAAACAGCCAACGUGAAGCUUAGAUACAACUCUCAGGUGCAGCUAGCUGGCGCCCUAGGUCCAAGUUGUUGAUUCCAUCAGCAACAGGCAAAUCAAGACACAUCCAUCCAUCAGCACACACGGCUAUGGAGGUGGCCGUCAGCGCAGCAUGGUGGGUGGUAACCAAGGCGCUGGCCCCGGUGACGGACGGCUUGCUGGAGGCAUGGGCGGCCAGCGCCGGGCUCGGCCCCAACAUCGACGCCCUCAAGAUGCAGCUACUUUACGCCCAGGGGAUGCUCAACAACGCCCAAGGGCACGGCAGGGACAUCACUAACCCUGCGCUCAAGGGGCUACUCCACAAACUGCGGCAGCUGGCGUACGUCGCGGAUGAAGCGCUGGACGAGCUGGACUACUUCCGCAUCCAGGACGUGUUGGACGGUACCUACCACGCAGCAGCUGGCGUGGAUGACCGUGGCUGCCUCCAGGGCCUCGUCCUCAAUGCUCACCACACGGCUAGAGCUGCUGCCGGGAAGAUCAAGUCCAUGAGCUCCUGCUCCCAUUCUGCUAGCCCACCUGAUGACCAAGAAGAUAUUGGUGGCAGCCGUGGACGUGCUGUUCAAGCUGUUGCUAAACACUUACCAUGCUGCUACUCUUCUCCUCAUACCAGUGAGUUGGCCGAAUCGCCCAACAUGCCAGCUGCAAGCGGAUGGUGGCUCUUCUGUGGCGCCUGCCCGCCCAAGGUACCGGCGCAGAGAGUUAACACCAAAGAGGGAACACCAAAACUGAAGUUUGAUAGGGUGGAAAUGUCCAAGAGAAUGAUAGACAUUAUAGAUCAGCUCAAGCAUGUAUGUGCUAUGGUCUCCACCAUUCUUAAUCUAGAGCUUCUGAGCUUAAGCCGUAUCCCUACCCAAGUCAGCAUUGCUAUGGAUCGACCCAAAACCACCCCACAAAUUAUAGAACCUCAACUAUAUGGGAGGGAUACCCAGAAAAAGGAAAUUAUAGAUGCCAUCACCCAUGGUGAAUAUUCUUGCAAACAACUUACUGUCCUUCCAAUUGUUGGGCCAGGGGGUGUUGGGAAGACAACCUUUACACAACACAUAUUUGAAGAAGUGAAGAGCAGUUUCCAGGUUGCAAUUUGGAUAUGUGUGUCUCUCAACUUCGUUGCCGAUAGUUUGGCACGAGAGAUUUUGGAGCAGUUCCCUAAAGAUAACAACAGUGAAAGCGAAAAUGAUAGUAGCAAAGAAGAGCAAAUUGAACAAAGGUUUAGAUCAAAGAGGUUCUUACUUGUCUUGGAUGAUGUCUGGAAAUAUCAUGACGAUGAGUGGAAAAAACUAUUAGCUCCAUUUAAAAAAGUUGGGACAGAAGGCAAUAUGGUUAUAGUCACAACUCGAAUUCCAGGGGUAGCAAACAUGAUCAGGACAGUUGACCAUUCUAUAGAAAUGGAACAUCUAGGUCUUGAAGAUAUUAUGUCUUUCUUUGAAGCAUGUGUAUUUGGUGACCAACAGCAACCAUGGCAAGAUCAUCUUGAACUAUAUGAUGUUGGCUGCAAAAUAGUGAAAAAAUUGAAGGGUUUCCCUCUUGCUGCAAAAACUGUGGGUAGAUUGCUUAAAAAGCAACUGACGUUUGACCAUUGGAUGAGAGUUUGGGAAAGUAAAGAGUGGGAGUCACAAGCUAGCGAUAAUGACAUUAUGCCAGCUCUGAAGCUUAGCUAUGAUUAUCUCCCUUUCCAUCUGCAACAAUGUCUUUCCUUCUGUGCAUUGUUUCCCGAAGAUUAUGAAUUUCAUGCAAAAGAGUUGGUUCAUUUGUGGAUUGGCCUAGGUAUUUUACACUCAGAUGAUGAAAAGAGAAGAAUCGAAGAUGUUGGAUUGUGUUACUUAACUGACUUGGUUAAUCAAGGUUUUUUCAAAAAGAAUGAAUCGAGAUUGGGCGGUCCUUAUUACACCAUCCAUGAUCUACUGCGUGAGUUGGUUGCGAAGGUCUCAUCAUAUGAGUGUCUUAGCAUAUCAAGCUCCAAUGUGAUGUGCAUACAAAUUCCCCCAUUUGUUCGGCAUCUGUCUAUCAUUGUGGAUGAUGCAGACGUCAAGGACACAAUGACUUUUGAAAACUACAAGAGGGAUUUGUGUGCGCUGGAAAAAAGGCUUGAAGUUCAGAACCUACACACUUUAAUGUUGUUUGGACAAUACCAUGGAACCUUUUCUAGGGUUUUCUGUGGUUUGUUUCGGGAAGCUAGAGCCCUUCGUACUGUUUUUUUGUCUGAUGCAUCAUAUAACAUGGAGGAUGUGUUGCCUAACUUUUCAAAACUUGUCCAUCUUCGCUACUUCAAGCUAGCUGGUUUUGGUGAUGACAAGGGCUUGUGUGUAGCUGGUGUGCUGCGUAGAUUAUAUCAUUUGGAAGUCAUUGAUCUACAAGGAUGGAGGGGUCGCUUCGGUUCAACAAGGCAUAUUAGCACCCUUGUAAAGUUACGUCAUUUUGUCGUGCCCCGAGAAGAACUUCAUUCUGACAUAUUUGAGGUGGGAAAACUAAAAUUCAUCAAUGAAUUAAAGACAUUUAGAGUGGGACAAGAAAGCAACAUGUUUGAACUGAGUCAACUAGGGAAACUGGAAAAUAUUGGAGGAUUGCUUGGCAUUUACAAUCUUGAAAAGGUGCAAUCAGAAGAAGAAGCAACUGAAUCAAGACUGAUACACAAAAGCCACAUGCAAGAGCUAAUAUUAGAAUGGUAUGUUCAGCGAUCUAACAGGGAUCCUACAUUUGAAGAAAAUGUCCUUGAACGUCUUGUACCACAUAGCAAUCUUCAACACCUACACAUUAAAGGGCAUGGAGGAACUAAUUGUCCAAGAUGGCUAGGUGUAAACCUCUCCGUAAAGAAUCUGGAAUCUCUUUAUCUGAAUGAUUUGUCUUGGGGAAACCUUCCACCUUUAGGAGAGAUGUGGAUGGUCAAUGAUCUUGGUGCAGUGUACAAGGACUGUAUCUUAGGCCAAGGAUUUCAAAAUUUGAAAAGGCUAGAAUUGGUUAAAAUACCAAGAUUGAGAAAAUGGGUUGGGGACAACAAUACUUGUCAUUUGUUCUAUCACUUGGAAGAACUCACCGUUGCAGAUUGUUCUGAACUUACCGAGCUGUGCUUUCCAGAUCUUAGUUGUGGUCUGCGACAGCAAGAGAAGAGCAUAUCUUGGUUUCCUAGACUAAAGUCUCUCGGGAUACACAACUGCCCGAAGCUAAUGUCAUUGCCUCCAACCCCUUGGACUUGUGGUCCGUGCUCCGCUGUGAUAAAUAGGGUGGGCUCCGGUCUUGAGCGGCUAGUUUACAAAGAAGACUCAACUUCAUCACUUGAAGUGCAGGGAACAUAUGGCCAGGAUAGUGUGUUCUUGAAUGGGUUGGUCUUCUCAAAUCUAACUUAUCUGAAAACAUUGGUGAUGCAGAGUUGCUCUCCUCUGCUGCUCGAUCGCCUCCUAAUGCUAAAAUCUCUGGAAUCCCUCCAGAUAAGUAACUCAAGUAAUGUAUUAUCCAUGGUUGAAAGCGUGGGCCAUGUACGAUGCCAGCUACCUGUCAAAAGGUUAAGUGUGAAGCAAUGUGGUGGCAGCGGCAAGGAAUUGACACUACUGUUCUCUCUUAUGCCAGAGCUCACCCAAAUAACAAUAGGGCGUUGUCAGGGGAUAAAAUGGCUCGGUGUGGGACAGUCGUCAGUAUAUUCUUCUGCUGAACCAUUGCAUCAGGAGCAAAUCAGACAGCAGCAGCUAAAGGAGACAGAAGGAGUGCUGCUCUUGCCUCCCCGGUUACACAAGUUUGAGAUCGGAGAGUGUCCAGAGCUGAGCUUGCUCUCUGAUUCACUGGGUGGUGACAAGGAAGGAGGUGGGCUCCAAGGUCUCCGCGCCCUCCAGUCGUUGACCAUAUUGGCUUGCCCCAAGUUACUCCACUCCUAUUCAUCCUCUUCUUUUCCUUUUCCGACCUCCCUGCAAGAAUUAUUUUUGAACGGGUGUUUCAGAGGGGAGAGCAUAGUCCCUCUCCUCGCCCAAGGCCACCUCACAAACAUCUGCAUCUACGAAAACCCCGUAUUCGCCCCUAACAAGGGGCUUCUUCUCCCCUGUUCCUCUGCACACCAAGAGCUUGAGCUAAGCACAGACGAUGUUGCAGGACUCCUUACUGCGCAUAUCUGUAGCCUCCUCUCUCCCUCCCUCACCACCCUACGACUUGGUUCGAACCAAGAUGUCGAGUACUUCACACACGAGCAAGAGGAGGCCCUUCAGCUCCUCACCUCCAUCCACACGCUCGUAUUUUCCUGUUUCAAGAAGCUGCAGUUCCUCCCAGCAGGUCUACAUAGACUUGCCAACCUCAAGACAUUACGGCUCGUUGUCUGUCAAGCCAUCCGGUCGUUGCCGGAGGACGGCCUCCCGACUUCUCUGCAAGAAUUAUGCAUCUUGAAUUGCGAUGCCUUCGAGUCGCUGCCUAUGGACAGACUCCCGAGUUCUCUGCAACAAUUGUACAUCCAUGGCUGCCAUGCCUUUAAGUCGUUGCUCAAGGACGACGGACUCCCUAGUUCGCUACAAGCCAUGGACGGACUACCAAGUUCUCUACAAAAAUUGAACAUCACGGAAUGUCCUGCCAUCGAGUCACUACCUAAGGGCAGCCUCCCAAGUUCUCUGAAAGAAUUAAACAUCCACCACUGCCCUGCCCUGACGUCUCUGCCCAAGGAUGGCCUCCCAAGCUCUCUGCAAAAAUUGAUAUUACUGGACUGCCCUGCCUUAAAGUCGCUGCCGGAGGAUGGCCUCCCAAGAUCUCUGCAGGAACUAAAGAUCGUUGGGUGUGCUGCAAUCAAUUCGCUGCCCAAGGGCGGACUCCCAAGAUCACUGCAAGUAUUGGAUGUCCGUUAUUGUGACAACGAGGAGCUAAAGAGGCAGUGCCGCAAGUUAAGAGGAACCAUUCCCAAGAUCCUAAUUUAAUCUGACCAAAGGGCACUUCCUGGACUUGUACAUUCUUCUAGCUAGCCUCUUAGAAUCCAAGCAUGUAUGCUUCCGGGUUGCCAAUACAAGCUUCAAAAGGUCUCAGUAUGCAUCUACCAUCUGGACAUGAAACUGGUUGCCUUGAAUCUGUCAAUUCUUAUAGCCUUGUAGGGUUGUCUGAGUUCGUGCAACCACUCCUUGAGUGGCACCCUCCUUUGUACAUAAAUAAGUCUGAGCUACAAUGUAGAAUUCUAUCCAUCCAUGCAUAUCUGGCACGCGAGGUUUUUGUGUGGCAUCUUUCUGUACAUAAAUCAGGUACAGCUUUCAGAGUAGUUAAUGAGUAAUGCCGUUUCUAAGAAGGUAAGAGGUUUUCCUGUAACAGAGCACCGACUCUGACGCUACUACUUUCCGUCAGAAGUUGGGUCCGUGUAGAAGUCGGCAGGAAAGGUGGAUGAGAAGUUUGCUUGAGAGAAGUUAAUGAGUAAUGCCAUUUCUAAGAAGAGCACCAGCUGUGACGCUACUGCUCACCGUCAGAAGAUGGGUCGAUGCAGAAGUUGGAAAGGUGGAUGAGAGGCUUUAAUUACUUUGCAACUCUGCCUCAUGAGCUCCAUCAGCCCAACAAGUCGGUUCCUGCCUUUCAUCGCUCGCUUUAGCAGCGACCCUGCUUGAUGGCCAGACCUCAGGCGGCAGCAGGGCAGGGCAGCACGGGUUCUCGGUAGAUUGUGAUCGAGGGCCUAGCACGAAGAUCCCCAGUCGCCGGUGGUUGUAAAGGGCAAAACCCCUGGAGCAGAUUUUGUCAAUGGACAAGUGGAGACUGCUAUGCUAGUUCAUGGGAAAAUACAGAUUGAUUGUGUGGGGAACAGAACAACAGAGCAGAACAUAAGAGGUGAGUUGAGUGAACCUGCAUCCAAAAUUGGCUACCAGAUUAAGAGUGCUUUGGCAAGGAAGAGCCAACGACCAAACAGGAGCCAAUUCUGAAUGAUUGAAGCGUCGCAGUCGAGACUGGUAGACCCGCAUCCUAGUGGUACAUCUUUUCGAGAAAUCAUUGAGUAAUGCCAUUUCUAAGAAGGUUGGGCAGCUUGCUUGUGGCGCACCACAGGGCUGGCGAUGGUCACAUGUUUCCGCCGGACCUCGGACCACAGCAGGGCAGCAUGGGUUGACAUGAGAUUGGUGAUCGAGGGCCUUGUACAAAGAUGUGUGGGCUCCGUUGUUGCCGGCCCGGUUGUUCUUGCUGUGGCUGUGAAGGAAGGCAAAACAAAACCCUUGAGCAGAUGGGUCAAUGGACAAGUGGAGACUGCUAUGUUAAGUUCAUCUAACUAUCGUUUCCAUUAUUUCUAUCUUUUUUGUUUGUGUUGCAAGUGGCAACUGCAAGUAGUAGGUGUUCUUAUGAGGGGCAAAAAGUAUGUUUAGUAGGAAAAGAAAUGGAGGGAGAAGUAAUGCAGAUUGAUAGUUGCAAGUGAAGCAACAAUUUGUACAAGAUGCCAACAGAAAUAUUAAUUGGUUGUCCAACAAUUUAUACAGUAGCACCAAUGCUAGCUAGCCUAGCUGAAAUUUGUACUGUUUCAGAACCUGUAUUGUAGGAAUGGGUUUCAGAACCUGUAUUGUACCAAUUUAUACAGUUACAGGACGAUGUAUCGGAAUUCUUCAGAACCUGAAACUGACCUGACGAUGUA